AACUUAAGAAAAUAUUGGAUUAAUAUUGACCCGGGGAACCAUUGCACGUCAAUGAGAAGUCAAUACCUUCUAUGCUUGCAAGUUGCAGCCAUAUUUAUAUCUUCCUGCUUUGAACAUGAAAGCAGAAAAAUUAAACUCACUCCCUGAUGUACCCUCUUUCUUUCAUGUUUGUGAUUGCUAAUUUACUGCUUUUCUUUUCUCAGUUCUCAGAUGCAACUGAUACACUUGCUUUAUCCCAGUCUCUUGCCGAUGGCAGUACUUUAGUUUCGGAAGAUGGAAGUUUCGAGCUUGGUUUCUUCAGUCCUGGUAGUUCCAGGAACCGUUAUUUGGGAAUUUGGUACAAAAAUAUCCCUGUCAAAACCGUUGUUUGGGUUGCGAACCGGAGUAGUCCGAUUAACGAUACCUUCGGCUUGUUAAUGAUAAACAACUCCGGCAAUCUCACACUACGUAGCAAGAACAUGGGUAAUGUUGUUUGGUCAUCAAACUCGACGAAAGCUGCCCUAAAGAGCCCAGUAUUACAGCUACUGGAUUCUGGGAAUCUGGUGUUAAGAGAAGGAAAUGGUGAAAACUCUGGAAUCUACAUAUGGCAGAGUUUUGAUUAUCCAACUGACACAUUGCUACCAGGGAUGAAGUUUGGAGUGAACUUAAAGACCGGACUUGAUCGGCGUCUUACAUCGUGGAAAAGCACGGAUGAUCCAUCUCCUGGAGAUUUUGUUUGGAAGAUGCAACCACAUGGUAACCCAGAGUACAACAUAUUGAAAGGUUCAAAAAUCUAUUUUCGAUCAGCCCCAUGGAAUGGCAUCUCAUACAGUGGUAAUCCACAGUUAAGGUCUAACAAUAUUUUUAACUUUUCCUUUGUGAAUACCGAGGAGGAGAUUUACUACAUAUACUACCUCGAAAAGAAAUCUGUAAUUUCAAGGAUUGUAAUCAACCAAACUAGCUAUAGGCGCGAGCGCUACACGUGGGAUGAAGCCUCUGCGUCUUGGAAUCUAUAUGCAUAUGUACCAAAUGAUUAUUGCGACUUCUAUAACCAUUGCGGUCCCUAUGGAAAUUGCAUCGUUGAUGCGUCGCCCAUUUGUCAAUGUUUGAAAGGUUUCGUGCCUAAAUCACCAGAUCAGUGGAACUCAGGGGCUUUGUCUGAUGGCUGCAAGCGCAACAAGUCAUUAGGAUGCAGCGAGGGCACUGGAGAUGGGUUUCUUAAAUUCCGUGGAUUAAAAUUGCCAGACACUACAUAUUCUUGGGUAAAUAAAAGCAUGAAUCUCGAGGAAUGCAGGGCUAAAUGCUUACAGAACUGUUCUUGCACGGCGUAUACAAGCUUUGAUAUUCGAGAAGGAGACAGUGGUUGCGCCAUUUGGUUUAACGAUUUGAUUGACAUUAGAGAAAUUUCCAGUGGUGGACAGGAUCUAUACGUAAGGAUGUCUGCUUCUGAAUUAGCUGACAUUCAGGAUGCGAAACAUGAAGUUGACAAGAAGAUACUGGUGAUAAUCAUCCUUGCUAUUGCUGUGAUUUCUGGGAUUGUAGUUGUCAUCUACUGCUCCCGCAAGAGCAUGUCAAAGUUUAUAGAUCAAGCAGAAAAGAAAGAAGAAAUUGACUACUCUGAAUGCUUAGAGGAAGAUAUGGAGCUCCCAUUAUUUGAUCUUGCCAUCAUAUCACAUGCAACCAAUAAAUUUUCCGACAGCAAUAAACUAGGAGAAGGAGGCUUCGGACCUGUUUACAAGGGUACACUAAUGGAUGGAAAAGAAAUUGCUGUGAAGAGGCUGUCAAAGAAUUCCGGACAGGGGCUAAAGGAGUUCAAAAAUGAAGUUAAAUUGAUUGUGAAACUUCAGCACCGAAAUCUUGUAAAGCUUCUUGGCUGCUGCAUUGAAGGAGAUGAGAGAAUGUUGAUUUAUGAAUACAUGCCAAAUAAAAGCCUAAACUCCUUCAUUUUUGAUCAAACAAGAGGUAAGGCAUUAGAUUGGUCCAAACGUUUCAAAAUUUUGUGUGGAAUAGCUAGGGGGCUUCUGUAUCUUCAUCAAGAUUCAAGACUCAGGAUUAUACACAGAGAUCUCAAAGCAAGUAAUGUAUUACUUGACAAGGACAUGAAUCCAAAAAUUUCAGAUUUUGGCAUGGCCAAAACUUUUGGGGCAGACCAAACCGAAGGGAACACAAACAGAGUAGUUGGAACUUUUGGUUAUAUGGCACCAGAAUAUGCAACUGAUGGAUUAUUCUCAGUGAAAUCUGAUGUAUUUAGCUUUGGAAUCCUAAUGCUUGAGAUAAUAAGUGGAAAGAAAAGUCGCGGAUUUUAUCACCCAAAUCAUAGUCUAAACCUUGUCGGAUAUGCUUGGAAAUUGUGGAAAGAAGGCAAGUUAUUGGAAUUGGUUGAUCCAGUUUUAAGAGAGGCAUGUCAUCUAUCAGAAGUGAAGCGAUGCAUCCAUAUUAGCCUCUUAUGUGUGCAACACCAUGCAGAGAACAGGCCAAGCAUGGCAUCUGUGGUUCUAAUGUUGGGUAGUGAGAUUGCAAUGGCGCAGCCCAAAGAACCAGGCUUUUUUAAGGACAAAGGUCCACUUGAAGCAGAGUCAUCCUCUACCAAUAUUGAAUCUUCUUCGACCAAUGAAAUUUCUCUGUCAUUGCUGGAUGCUCGAUAGAGCAUGGUGUUCAUCAAUAUACUUUUAUACCUUGUAUUUCUUUAUCGGAGCAGCUGAUAAAUAAGCGCACAUGGGCUUCACAAUUUCUGGUUUAACAACACGUAAGUGAUUGCUCCUAAUGUAAGAACUGAAUGGAAUCUGACCCUUAAAAUAAUUUUUAAUAGUGGAACUUACCAUGUAAGACUCCCUUUGGCC